AUGGCGGACGCAGACGAGGAUGCCGUCCGUGGCACUACGGUCGAGGCCACGCAGAUCGAAACCGAUCUCUCCGACGAAACACAGGACUUUCGCCUACUAAAUCACCUCAAUUUCCUCACCGAUACAUCCUCCUCCGGCCUCCCCCGCCGCGGCGAGAAAGACUUCGAGCCCAAUCCGACCGAGUUCCAAGCCGAUGUCCUAUCCGCCUCUCGGCAGGCGAUGCACAAUGCGCUCGCGCAUCCUCGCCUUCACAAUCCCAAAAAUCAAGUCAUCGCCAUAUAUGCACCGGAAGGUCCCCCUCCCCCGCCCGCGGUGACACCUGGGCAGGAUACCGGCAAACCUGUCGCUAGGGGCGCCAGUGUUUCGCCGGAUGCAUGUGUCUACGUGCCUACUCCGAAGGGUCAGCAUUUCAAGAGUAUGGGGCAGGCUGAUCGGAAAGGUGUUAUUUGGUUGUUACCCGAGGAGGCUUUGUAUCUUCUUGAGCGGGGUAGUCUGGAUAUCCGUUGGCCGACUUCGAUUACGGGUGGGAUUGGCGAGGAAGGGUGUGAGGAGGAGUUGUCUAUUCCUAUGAGUUUGCAGGCGGCGUAUGCGUGCCUCAUUGGAAGAGGUGGAUUGACCCUCGAGCGGUUUACGGUCUAUUCCAGCUUGAAGAGGAUCGGAUAUGCUAUUUCUCGGGCACCGGGGUGGAAUGACUCUGCAAAGGCGGAAGAUGAAGAUCGCCCUGAUGCGUAUACGCAGCCGCUCAAGCGCGGCGCAGGUCUCGCUGGUAUACUGGGAAGCAUCUUCAACUGGAUCAACGAUCCAAAAUCCACAUCAUCCACAGCGGCUGGUCCCGUCAUCGGAUAUGGAAUUCAUCGCAGCUACGCUGAUAUCUACAAAAAACUCGCCCUAAUACCCUGGUACGAUCCCACCCUCGCACCGCAACGCGACCCCCUAAACACAACAGCCCCCUACCGCGUAAUCCUCCACGUCUACAAACCCAACACCUCAAUCAAAAAAUCCGCCCUCCCACCACCCGACUUCCGCAUCGCGGUCAUCAGCACCCGCGAAGCAACCACCAUCCCAACACUGCCCCAACUAAGCGCCCUCCUCGAGAGUACCCCGCUCGAUCCCCCACAGGGCGAGAAAAUGGAGCGCAACAUGUAUAUGCGGCUGCGGCAUGGGUAUCGCAAUGUUAUUUUGGCGGUGGUUGAUCAAGGGGUGACGAGUUUCUUGAGGAUUGCGGAUGUUGCGUUUGGGAAGGAGAGGUUGUAUGAGGGUGUGAAUGGGCCGACGGGGCCGAAGAAGGGUGGGAAUUUCAAAAAGAAGAAGAAGCGGUGA